UCCCCCACCUCUCUUCGUCGACUCUCCUCUCCAUCUCGCUCUUCUUCUUCUUCUUCUUCUUCGUCGAGUUGUGUCCUCUUAUUAGGGUUCCAAAGAAACCCUAACCCUCGAUUCAUUGAUCGAUCGAUCGAAGUGAUCCCAAUCCGAAACCCUCGGCAACUCCGAUCGCGAGUACGGGGGAGAUGGGGGCAGGGGCGGCGGUGGUGGGGAGCACGGUGAUCCCGAUCGUGAACAAGCUGCAGGACAUAUUCGCGCAGCUGGGGAGCUCGUCGACGAUCGACCUCCCCCAGGUGGCGGUGGUGGGGAGCCAGAGCAGCGGCAAGUCCAGCGUCCUCGAGGCGCUCGUCGGCCGCGACUUCCUCCCCCGCGGCUCCGACAUCUGCACCCGCCGCCCCCUCGUGCUCCAGCUCGUCCACUCCCCGCGCCGCCCCGACGGUGCACAGGGGGACGGCGACGAGUGGGGCGAGUUCCUCCACAUCCCGGGGCACAGAUUCUACGACUUCCGGGAGAUCCGUAGGGAGAUUCAGGCUGAGACGGAUAAGGAAGCGGGAGAAAACAAGGGUGUGUCUGACAAGCAGAUUCGGUUAAAGAUUUUUUCGCCAAAUGUUUUGAAUAUAACUCUGGUUGAUUUGCCCGGAAUUACGAAAGUGCCUGUCGGAGAUCAGCCCAGUGAUAUUGAGGCGAGAAUCAGAACAAUGAUCUUGUCAUACAUCAAACACAAGACUUGCAUAAUAUUAGCAGUUUCACCAGCAAAUGCGGAUCUGGCGAAUUCAGAUGCCCUGCAGAUGGCUAGAAUUGCUGAUCCAGAUGGGUCACGAACUAUUGGCGUCAUCACGAAGUUGGAUAUUAUGGAUAGAGGCACUGAUGCCCGGAACUUUUUGCUUGGAAAUGUGAUUCCCCUGCGACUCGGUUACGUGGGUGUGGUGAAUCGUAGUCAGCAGGAUAUUAAUAUGAAUCGUAGUAUCAAAGAUGCUCUGGCCUACGAAGAGAGCUUCUUUCGCAAUCAACCUGUUUAUCAUGGUCUCUCUCAUUGUUGUGGUGUUCCGCAGUUAGCCAAGAAAUUAAAUCAGAUCUUAGUGCAACAUAUCAGGGCUGUUCUGCCAGGAUUGAAGUCACGUGUAAGCGCUCAAUUGACGGCUGUUGCAAAGGAGCUUGCUCAAUAUGGUGAUGUAGUAGAAUCAAAGGCUGGGCAGGGUGCCAAACUCUUGAAUAUUCUCGCAAAAUAUUGUGAAGCUUUUUCUUCAAUGGUGGAAGGGAAAAAUGAAGAAUUAUCAACAGCUGAGCUUUCCGGUGGAGCACGAAUUCACUAUAUUUUCCAGUCUAUCUUUGUGAAGAGUUUAGAGGAAGUUGAUCCUUGUGAUGACAUAACUGAUGAAGAUAUUCGCAUGGCAAUACAAAAUGCAACUGGCCCAAGGAGUGCUUUGUUUGUGCCUGAGGUACCAUUUGAAGUCCUUGUACGCCGACAAAUAGGCCGGUUGUUAGACCCUAGCCUUCAAUGUGCUAAAUUCAUCUAUGAUGAACUAAUUAAGAUGAGCCAUCGCUGCCUAGCAAAUGAGUUGCAGCAGUAUCCUGUCCUCCGGAGGUGCAUGGAUGAGGUGAUUGGGAAAUUCCUACGAGAAGGACUACAGCCUGCUGAAGCAAUGAUAACCCACAUUAUUGAGAUGGAGAUGGACUAUAUUAACACUUCACAUACAAAUUUCGUUGGUGGCAGCAAGGCUGUUGAGCUUGCUCAACAACAAGUUAAAUCUGCACGGUUAGCGGCAACGCUGGCCAAAUCCAAGGAAGGAGUAGAUAAUGAUAAGUUACAAUCAUCUGAAAAGAGUCUUAAACCCCGAGGCAUCCUGGCCCGAACAGGUGCAAAUGGAACCCUUUCGGACUCUCAUCAUGGAGUUCGGCCUGGUGCAGAUGCUGAGAGGCCAGGCUCAUCUGGAAGUGCAAGUGGAUCAAUUUGGGGCAUUUCGUCAAUUUUUGGUGUCAGUGAGGACCGUGCACCUUUGAAAGACAGUUCAGCGAACAAAUCUUCUACUGCUCCCAUGAAUACAUUGGAACAUUCCGUGUCCAUGAUCCAGCUGAGAGAGCCACCACUUAUCUUAAAGCCGUCAGAGAAUCAGACCGAACAGGAGGCGCUAGAGAUAGCAAUCAUUAAAUUAUUACUGAAAUCAUAUUAUGACAUUGUUAGGAAGAAUAUCGAGGACUCUGUGCCCAAAGCAAUUAUGCAUUUCCUGGUGAAUCAUACGAAACGGGAGUUGCAUAAUGUCUUCAUUACUACACUUUACAGGGAAAAUCUCUUUGAAGAAAUGCUGAGGGAACCUGAUGAAUUAGCCAUGAAACGGAAACGUAUUCGUGAAACCCUAAAAGUUCUGCAACAGGCAUACAGGACCUUGGAUGAGAUACCUCUGGAAGCCGAAACGGUUGAGAAGGGCUAUACACUGGAGAGUGAUUCGACCGGCCUUCCAAAGAUCCACGGCCUCCCAUCUUCUUUCUACGGCGCUAAUGAUUUGAGCUCAUCGUACAUGGCUUCUCCCAAAAAUCCUAGGUCAAAGAAGUCAGCACACUCAGGAGAGCAGCCAUCGUCAUUCUUGCAUUCGAAUCCUGAUGCCAAUGGUUUGGGAUCCUACCCGCAAAGCAUUUUCAACCAUAGCUAGAAAUAUAUUUUUUCCCCCACUUUUUUUUUUUCAAUUGAAACCCAUGGUUGGUUUGAUUGAAAAAAGAUUUAUUUUCUAGUCGUAUUCUUUUACUGCUUGCUCUGUGUUUGUGGAGCAGCACACGAAGCUUAUUGUACAGUAAUAAAAUGUACCAAUGCAUCACAUUUUUGUUAGAACGUUUUGUAUUGGUAUAAUGUUUGAGUUAUGACCCUGCUGAGAGAGUUACUAUUUUACUAUAGUCUAUGUUUGACAUGGAUAGA